CGAUUUAUAGCCAUGUUUGGGAAAUCCUUUGUUUUAAUAUUCUUUUUAAUUCCAUUUAUUUGCAGAUUUUUAAAUAUACAUUUCGGAGGAAUUAAUUGAAUACUGAAUAUACAACAAUGUGCGGAAUUUUCGCUUAUUUGAACUAUAUGACACCAAAAUCCCGUGCAGAGGUUUUGGAAUUAUUGGUUAACGGAUUAAAACGUUUGGAAUACCGUGGAUAUGACUCCACAGGUGUUGCCAUUGAUGGACCCAAUCCCAAGGACAUUGUCAUGAUCAAGAGCGUUGGCAAAGUCAAGGUUUUGGAAGAUGCAAUUGCCAAAAGUUGUACUGGUAAAGAAUUUGAAGAGCCUAUUACUACACAUGUUGGUAUUUCACACACACGUUGGGCUACCCACGGUGUACCCUGCGAAAGAAAUUCACAUCCCCAACGUUCAGACUUUGACAACAGUUUUGUUGUUGUCCACAAUGGCAUUAUCACAAAUUACAAAGAUGUAAAAACUUAUUUGGAAACAAGAGGUUAUGAAUUUGAAUCUGAUACUGAUACAGAAGUUAUUGCUAAAUUGGUUCAUCAUUUGUGGAAGAAACAUCCAGGAUAUUCGUUCAGGGAAUUGGUUGAACAGGCCAUUCAACAAUUGGAAGGCGCUUUUGCUAUCGCCCUGAAAUCAAAAUACUUCCCCGGUGAAUGUGUUGCCUCGAGACGUGGCUCUCCCCUUUUGGUCGGCAUUAAAACCAAAACUCGUUUGGCCACCGAUCAUAUUCCAAUUCUGUAUGGCAAAGACGAUAAAAAACAACAAAGUGAACAAGAGACCGGAACUGGCAAACCUCAAGAACAUCGUCCAUAUGUACAAAAUCGUGAUUUAUCAGUUUUGCCACGUUCGGAGAGCACAUCGGAGUUCUUGCCCAUGGAACAGAAGGAGGUGGAAUAUUUCUUUGCAUCCGAUGCUUCAGCUGUUAUUGAGCACACCAAUCGUGUGAUUUAUUUGGAGGAUGAUGAUGUUGCUGCCGUUCGUGAUGGUGGUUUGAGCAUUCAUCGUCUCAAAAAAUCAACCGAUGAUCCCCAUGCUCGUGAAAUUACCACCCUUAAAAUGGAAAUCCAACAAAUUAUGAAGGGCAACUACGAUUAUUUCAUGUUGAAGGAAAUUUUCGAACAGCCCGAAUCAGUUGUCAACACCAUGCGUGGUCGCGUUCGGUUCGACACCAAUACCAUUGUAUUGGGUGGCAUCAAGGAUUACAUUCCCGAAAUUAAACGUUGCCGUCGUCUGAUGUUGAUUGGUUGUGGUACAUCGUAUCACAGUGCCGUUGCUACGCGCCAACUCUUGGAGGAACUCACCGAAUUGCCAGUUAUGAUUGAAUUGGCCUCGGAUUUCCUUGAUCGUAACACACCCAUCUUCCGUGAUGAUGUGUGUUUCUUUAUAUCGCAAUCUGGUGAGACUGCCGAUACUUUGAUGGCGUUGCGUUACUGCAAACAACGUGGUGCUCUCAUUGUCGGCAUCACCAAUACUGUGGGCAGUAGUAUCUGCCGUGAAUCUCAUUGUGGUGUCCACAUUAAUGCCGGUCCUGAAAUCGGUGUGGCCUCCACCAAGGCUUAUACAUCACAAUUCAUUUCAUUGGUCAUGUUCGGUUUGGUCAUGUCCGAAGAUCGUUUGUCACUGCAACAAAGACGUUUGGAAAUUAUUCAAGGCCUAUCAAAAUUGGCCGAUCAAAUUCGUGAAGUCCUGAAAUUGGACUCCAAAGUUCAGGAAUUGGCCAAGGAUUUGUACCAACACAAAUCUCUGUUGAUUAUGGGUCGUGGUUAUAACUUUGCCACUUGCAUGGAAGGUGCUUUGAAAGUCAAAGAAUUGACCUACAUGCACAGUGAAGGCAUCAUGGCUGGAGAAUUGAAACAUGGCCCCUUGGCUUUAAUUGAUGACUCGAUGCCUGUCCUUAUGAUCGUACUUCGUGAUCCAGUUUAUGUGAAAUGUAUGAAUGCCCUGCAACAAGUUACAUCACGUAAAGGUUGCCCUAUUAUCAUCUGCGAGCAAGGCGAUGAAGAAACAAAAGCAUUCUGCUCCCGCAGCUUGGAAAUCCCACGCACUGUAGACUGUCUUCAGGGUAUUCUCACUGUCAUCCCCAUGCAAUUGCUCUCCUACCACAUUGCUGUUCUCCGUGGCUGUGACGUCGAUUGCCCGCGUAACUUGGCCAAAUCCGUGACCGUAGAGUAGAUGAGGCACAUGUGUGCGUGAGUGUGUGCAAUGUUCGGAUAUGUUAGACUGUUCAUUUUUUUAUUAAAUA